CACACACACGUUUUCGAAGUGGUCAGCUGUGGUCUAGGCAUAAUGGGCCUAUAGAUGCAAUAUUUGUAAAACAGAGAUAGGCUACUUUGUAAAUGGACACUAUCCCAUUCCAUCCUACAUUCAGAACGUUGUGGGCUAUUACUAGUUUGAAACCCGCUGACAUAUCAAGCAGAAAAGGUCCCCUUCAUAAUCGGAGUAUUGUCAUAACUACACCAUAGAAUAAUGAUAAUGAUUAUUAUUAUGAACGACCCGAGUGUGACUUUAAGACCGAGUUUAGCGCUUCCCGGUUGGUGUGUAACCCGAGCCAAGGGUAGCGACAGCUGGAGAAGCGAGACGAGGGGCAGCGGGAUAAGGGAGACGGCGAGCCAUUCGGAAAUAACCUCUCGCUUUCUCUUUCUUUGAAUUUGUACUUCACUCAAAUCUGGAACUGUGCGUAAAGAGCAAUGAACUUUGCGAUGGCAACGCACUCCUUUUGGACGUGUUUGAUUGCAACUGCAGGCCUACUCUGGGGUGUGACAAUACCAGUGAGUUGUAAUGAGGAGUCUAAGCUGAUUGGGGACCUGUUCAGAGGCUACAACAAGAACAUCCGUCCAGCGGCGCACCCCACUGACAAGGUGGAGGUGCAGGUCAAGCUGAUCCUCACCAACCUCAUCUCCCUGAACGAAAAGGAAGAGACUCUCACGACUAAUGUCUGGAUUGAGAUUCAAUGGAAUGAUAUUCGCCUGGCCUGGAACACCUCUGAGUAUUUUGGCAUCGAGGUUAUCCGUGUGCCUUACAACACAGUGUGGCUUCCUGACAUUGUCCUUGAGAACAACAUUGAUGGCAAGUUUGACGUGGCCUACUAUGCCAAUGUGUUAAUCUACUCCAGUGGCUACAUGUACUGGCUGCCUCCAGCUAUCUACCGCAGCACAUGUGCCAUAGAAAUCACCUACUUCCCCUUUGACUACCAGAACUGCACUUUAGUCUUUAGGUCCCAGACAUACAGUGCAAAUGAGUUGGAAAUCAUGCUGGCUGUUGACACGGAGACUGAACAGCCCAUUGAGUGGGUGGACAUUGAUCCUGAGGCCUUCACUGAGAAUGGUGAGUGGGCCAUAAAGCACCGGCCAGCCAGGAAGCUGAUCAACUCACGCUACACRCCUGAUGACCUGGAGUACCAGGAGAUCUCCUUCAACCUGGUCAUCCAGAGGAAACCUCUGUUCUACAUCAUCAACAUCAUUCUGCCCUGCUCACUUAUCUCCUCCCUGGUCGUACUGGCCUACUUCUUACCUGCACAGGCUGGGGGACAGAAGUUGACUGUGUCCAUCUCUGUCCUGCUGGCUCAGACUGUCUUCCUCUUUCUUAUUGCUCAGAAGGUCCCUGAGACAUCUCUCAAUGUCCCUCUCAUUGGCAAGUACCUGAUCUUUGUCAUGUCUGUGACAACGCUCAUCGCCACCAACCAAAUCGUGGUGCUCAACAUCUCCCUCCGCAGUCCCAAUACCCACACCAUGUCUCACACUAUCAAACACGUCUUCCUGGAGCUUGUCCCUCGAUUCCUGGGUAUGGAUCCUCUGGUGGAUGAUGGAGAGGCAGAGGCGGAGGUGAAUGGAGUGAGGGAGCGACGGCGUAGCUCUUUCGGCCUGAUGCAGAGAGCGGAGGAGUAUGUGCUAAAACAACCACGCAGCGAGAUGAUGUUUGACAAGCAGAGAGAGAGGCAUGGCCUCACACGAUCCUUUGUGGAUGGUAUUGAUGUGAGCACCACAGCCAGCCUGUACAAGAGCCUCGCCCAAGCUGCUCCUGAGAUCAAGGAAUGUGUGGAUGCUUGCAACUUUAUCACCGAGAGCACAAAGCAAGCAAAUGACAUUGGAUCAGAAAUGGAAAGCUGGGUAUUGAUUGGGAAGAUGAUUGACAAGGUUUGUUUCUGGGUGGCCAUGGCUCUCUUCUCCAUCGGAACGGUUGCCAUCUUCCUCACGGGACAUUUCAACUCCGUCCCAGAUUUUCCAUUCCCUGGGGAAAACAAACGAUACCUCCCCAGUUAGGAGGGCAAGGCAAGCCCCCCCCACCCCCACCCUUAACCUGGUCACAGGUUAUAGGACACAUCCUCAUCGUCUUCAUAUCAUUGAGAGCUAAGAUUUAUUCACUUCUUACUCUUACUUACUUAUUUGUUUGUCUUUUUAGCAGUAGAUGACUGAAAAUGGUAUCGUCUUGAUAUGACGUCAUCCUUUUUGAUAAAUAUUUCAUACUGUGUUUUGAGUUUUAGCUUAACCAUUUCUUGUUAUGUGUGAUUUACAUGUGUGCAUUUUAUUUUUUAUAAGGCCUGUGACAUGAAAAUGCCAAAAACCUCAAACAGUUUGUAGCAAAGCAGUUGUGAAAUUAAUUCAACAAGUCUGCUGUGGGCUUUUGUGGGCUUUGUUAUGUUAGAACAAAAUGAAGAAGUUAGAUCUCUGUUUUUGCCUUCAACCUUAUUCAUACCUUAGUCUUUACACACCACCUUAGGAGGACGCUGCAGAUCACCUAUACCCUGCAGAAUUCUUGUCUUUCUUGUAUCUCACUCUAUGGUACACUGAGUACACAAAACACCUGCUCUUUCCAUGACAUAGACUGACCAGGUGAAUCCAGGUGAAKGCUAUGAUCCC